AUGUCUGACGCAGGUGCACCCGGCGCCGGUCUCGAUGCCGCUGCCCUCGCUCGCAGGGAGGAGGCGGCUGCCAAUCUGGCUCGUGCGAAAGAGGCUGGCUGGAACAAUCAACUCCCUUUCGAGUACGACAAAAUCCUCGGUGGCACUCCAGCUGAGGAUGACACUCGCGAUGGCGCGCUCUGGCUGUCUGACGCGGCCGUCUACGAGUGGGACGACGAGUUCGGCGACGUUGCUCCGACCAACCCUGAGCUCGAGAAGGUACUCUUUGAGGAGCAGAAUCUCCAGCGUGCUGGCGGUGCUAUCAAAGCACUCUCGUUCGACGUCAGCAUCGAGGGUGGCUCUACCAAGGUCCAGCCUGUCCGCGACUUCAACGAUGCGGGACUACACCCUGUCAUGCUGGAGAAUGUUAAACUGUGCCGAUACAACUCUCCUACGCCCAUUCAGUCUUACUGCAUCCCGGCCGUCCUCACUGGCAACGAUGUUGUCGCUGUUGCUCAGACAGGUUCGGGAAAGACAGCUGCAUUCCUCAUCCCCAUCUUGUCAAAGCUGAUGGGAAAGGCUCGUCAACUUGCUGCACCACGUCCUUCUGCUGCACGCUAUAAUCCCCAGACGGAUCGUGUCCGCGCUGAGCCUCUUGUGCUUGUCGUCUGUCCAACUCGUGAGCUGGCUUGUCAGACUUUUGAUGAGGCCCUCUGCUAUCGGACCAUGCUGCGUCCCUGCGUCAUCUACGGAGGCGCUCCUUCCAAGGGUCAGCGUGAGCAACUCGAGUUGGGCUGUGAUGUUCUCAUCGCUACCCCCGGUCGCCUCAUGGAUUUCAUGUCAAACAACGCCCUGCUCUCCUUCAAGCGCCUUAAGUUCACCGUAAUCGAUGAGGCUGAUGAGCUCCUUUCCGAAGGCUGGGACGAAAUCAUGGAGAAGCUGUUCGCUGGUGCCGAUAUGAAUACCGAUGCCGAUCACACCUACCUCAUGUUCUCCGCUACCUUCCCCAAGUCUGCUCGCAAGCUUGCUAGGGACUACAUGGAUGAGGACUAUGUCAGGAUCAAAGUCGGUAGGGUUGGCAGUACUCACGAAAACAUCAAGCAGCAGAUCAUCUAUGUUGAGGAGAGCGCCAAAAAUCAGGCCUUGUUCGAUCUUAUCUUUUCUGAGGGUCCUCAGCGCACGCUGGUCUUCACAAACUCAAAGGUCAAAGCUGACGUCGUGGACGAUUUCCUGUACAAUAAGGGACUUCCAGUAACUUCGAUUCAUUCUGAUCGUACUCAACGUGAGCGCGAGGAUGCCUUACGUUCCUUCCGUACUGGCCGUUGUCCCAUCAUGGUCGCUACCGGCGUCACUGCUCGCGGCCUGGAUGUUGCUAAUGUUAAACACGUCAUCAACUACGAUCUACCUUCUACUCAGCAUUCUGGUAUCACCGAAUAUGUUCACCGCAUUGGUCGCACCGCGCGUAUUGGCAACGAGGGCAAAGCUAGCUCGUUCUUCAACGACCGCAAUGAAGAUGUUGGCAAAGAUCUCGUCAAGAUUCUUAUUGAGUCCAAACAAGAAGUUCCCGACUUUCUUCAGCAGCAUAUGCCCGAAGAUCCCAGUGCUAUCGAUUGGCAUGACGGCACUGACGAUGAGUCUGAAGACGGUCUCGGCGGCGGCUUCGGUGGCGAUGCGGGUGGUGGCUUCAACGCUGGUGCAGCUGGUGGCUCCGGAGGUGAUGACACUGGCUUCAAGGCUGACACUGGAAACGCUGGAGGUUCUGACGGUUUUGGUGGAGGUGGCUUUACUGCCGAUGGUGAUAACAACGAGAAGGUUACCUCUUGCCCUGGAACAUGCGGAUGCUCCGGACUGACAACAUGCGCGUGCUCUCGUGAUCAUGAGCAAAAUAACAAGUCCAUUCAAUGGCGGACGGCCAUGGUCCAGAUUCCCCGGUUCGUUCCGCUCUCAAUACUCCACAUCACAUCGCCUAAGGGGCCGCAUCCCUUCCUGAUAUCCCUACCGAGUCGCAAAGAUAAUCUCAUCUACGUAUACGCGUUUGUGCCGCCCAAACCAGUCGAUCUAGAGGAAAAUAGCGACGCAGAGCAUGCGCGUAAACGAACGAAGGAAUGGCACGCGCCAGUGGUUCUGGACUUCCAUGGGGGAGGCUUCAUCAUGGGCUCGCCACUUGAGCAAGCGCCUUAUGCAUCCAUGAUGAGUCGCGAGCUGGGUGCUAUUGUCUUGAGCGUGUCGUAUCGCAUUGGGCCAUUCCACCAGUUCCCUGCAGCCAUCCACGAUGCGGAGGACGUAUUGUCAGCAAUAUUGGACACAGACGGAGUGUCGAAGGCUGGAAAGAUGCUUAGAGAGGAGAUCCAGCGGUACUACUCCAUGGUACGAACCGACGCGCUUGAACGGGAGGAAAAGAAAAAUAAACCCAUAGCGCCACAUCUUGAGUAUGUUGAAAAAAUAACUCUCGAUCCGUCACGUCUUGCCAUAUCGGGCUUCUCGGCAGGAGGGAACAUUGCGCUGAACAUGGCUAUAAAUGUGCCACCGAUUCCGGACUUGGCUUUGAACUCUGACGGACGAUCUCAAUCCGUUGCGAGCAAAUCUGGCUCUGGCGACCGCUUCUCUCCCACGAUGCCCGUGAAUCGUAGAGCAACAAUAUUGGAUGACGUUCUACGACCCUGGCCCUCACUGCUACCCCCUCCUCGAGCACGCCCUCGUAUGAUACCACUUCUACUAUUCUACCCUUCACUAGACGCGCGAUUGUUACCGCAUGAGCGCCCAAUGAAGACCCUCCCUAGCGCCCUACAUUCUGACGACAAGACGGCGCAAAAGCCCAAGAUGCCCGGCUUAUUUUCGAUUAUGGGACCAACAUAUCUACCAAGAAAGCUGCGCGGCCACCCUCGAGCCAGUCCAGGCCUGGUUGAGCCCAGCUACAUACAACAAAACGCUGCCAUAUUUCUCGUCCUGCCCGAGAGAGACUCCCUCGCAGUACAAAGCGACGUAUGGGUAGACAUCAUGAAUCAGCACGACUGGCAUGGUCCCGUGCGAUUUGGCGAUGGCAGAGACGGCGAUUGGGAUGGCCAUAAUCGUGACCGUUUUAGCUCUCCAGAACCACAAAGCAAACCUAAUGGCGGAUUAGAAGUUUGGCAUGCGCCAAAAUGCAGACACGGCUGGACACAGUUUCCGGACCUCUUCGUGCCUCAGCAUGAGAGGUCAGAGCGAGAGCUUCUGUUUGCGCGCACGCUGGACUUUGUCCGGGAGAAUUGGAAGAAGGAUUUGGCUAUUCCGGAAAGAGGGAUGGGGAAUCGGUCACAAGACUUGAGGCCGUUGCGGAUUCCUUCGAAUAUCGACGAGUUGUCUGAGCAGAAUACUGUGGAAACCCAGAAUGGGGUCUGA